GGGUAGGGGAGGGAAGGUUGUUGACGGGACGGGACGACACGACGACGACGAGAAUUAUGCUGCUGUACCCCUGGAACUGCAGGGAUUUUAGGAGGAGAGACCGACGCCGACGCCGCAGCUCCGCCGUUGCUUUUGCCGGGAUCUGUCUGAAAUGAUGCCGUGGCUCUGAGGAGAGAGGAGAGGAGGGGGAGCAGGAGGGGUGUGGGGGUGUGUGUGGGGGGAGAGGAGGCAGAGGCAGCCUGUCAGUAUGUGCAGCCGCUGCUCCCGCUGCCGAGCCGCUCCGGGUGCCCAUCCGACCUCUUGAUGCUCCACAAUUUUGCUUUACAAAUAUGAUGAAAUGGCAGCCCCGGAAGAAGGCAUACUUCCGACAGGGUGUUGCCCUCCAGUACCUGGGCCGCCAUGCAGACUCGCUGGCUGCGUUUGCCUCUGGCCUGGCCCAGGAUCCCAAGAGCUUACAGCUGCUAGUCGGGAUGGUGGAGGCUGCCAUGAAGUCUCCGCUCCGAGAAUCCUUGGAGCCGACUUACCAGAAAUUACAGAAGAUGAAGUUGGACAAGAGCCCGUUUGUGGUCGUGUCUGUCAUUGGCCAGGAGCUGCUGACAGCCGGGCACCACAGUGCCUCAGUGGUCGUCCUGGAGGCUGCCUUGAAAAUCGGGACAUGCAGCUUGAAACUCCGUGGCUCAGUGUUCUCUGCCCUGAGCAGUGCUUACUGGGCUUUAGGGAACUCCGAGAAGAGCGUUGGCUACAUGCAGCAGGACUUCGAUGUAGCCAAAACUUUAGGUGACCACACGGGCGAGUGCAGAGCACAUGGCAACCUGGGAUCGGCAUUCUUCACCAGCGGUAACUACCGAGAGGCCCUUAACAACCACCGCCUCCAGCUUGUGCUGGCCAUGAAACUAAAGGAUCGUGAGGCGGCCUCUACAGCACUGAGCAGCCUAGGUCAUGUCUACACGGCCAUCGGAGAUUACCCGAAUGCACUCGCCAGUCACAAACAGUGCGUCCUUCUCGCUAAACAAUCCAAAGACGAACUCUUGGAAGCCAGAGAGCUGGGCAAUAUGGGGGCUGUUUACAUCGCGAUGGGUGACUUUGAAAAUGCUGUGCAGUGCCACGAGCAGCACCUGAAAAAUGCCAAGGACCUGGGCAACAAGCGGGAGGAAGCACGGGCAUACAGUAACCUCGGCAGUGCCUACCACUACAGGAGGAACUUUGACAAGGCCAUGUCCUACCACAACCACGUGCUGGAGCUCGCACAGGAACUAAGUGAGAAGUCCAUCGAGAUGAGGGCUUAUGCAGGGCUGGGUCACGCAGCGCGCUGCAUGCAGGACCUGGAGAGAGCCAAGCAGUACCACGAACAACAGUUGAGCAUAGCAGAGAACCUGAAGGAUCGGGCAGCAGAGGGACGUGCCUCCUCCAACCUGGGCAUAAUUCAGCAGAUGAAAGGAGACUAUGAUACUGCACUGAAACUGAAUAAGACGCACCUCUCUAUUGCCCAGGAACUCAAUGAUUAUGCUGCACAGGGAAGAGCCUACGGGAACAUGGGCAAUGCUUACAAUGCCCUGGGCAUGUAUGACCAAGCUGUAAAGUACCAUCGCCAAGAGCUACAGAUCUCAAUGGAGGUAAAUGAUCGAGCAUCUCAAGCAUCGACCCACGGCAACUUAGCUGUGGCCUAUCAGGCACUCGGUGCCCAUGACAGGGCCUUGCAGCACUACCAGAACCACCUGAACAUAGCACGAGAGCUGCGGGAUGUACAAAGUGAGGCUCGGGCACUCAGCAACCUCGGUAACUUCCACUGUUCUAGGGGAGAGUACGUUCAGGCUGUUCCAUACUACGAACAAUACCUGCGUUUAUCACCCGACCUACAAGAUAUGGAGGGCGAAGGGAAAGUGUGUCAUAACCUCGGCUAUGCCCAUUACUGUCUUGGAAGUUACCAAGAGGCUGUGAAGUACUAUGAACAAGAUCUCGCCCUAGCCAAGGAUUUGCAUGAUAAGUUAAGCCAAGCCAAGGCCUACUGCAACUUGGGCCUUGCAUUUAAGGCCCUUGGCAACUACAUUAAAGCAGAAGAAUGUCAGAAGUAUCUCCUCUCUCUAGCCCAGUCCUUGAACAAUGCACGGGCCAAAUUCAGAGCUCUAGGCAACCUUGGGGACAUUUUUGUGUGCAAGAAAGAUGUAACUGGCGCUGUUAAAUUCUACGAGCAGCAGUUGGCCUUGGCACAUCAGGCCAAAGACCGCAAGCUGGAAGCCAGUGCGUACGCAGCCCUGGGCACUGCCUACAGACUGAUACAGAAAUAUGACAAAGCGCUUGGAUAUCACACACAGGAACUGGAGGUUUACCAAGAGCUCGGUGAAUUGUCUGGAGAAUGCAAAGCACACGGACACCUUGCUGCUGUCUACAUGUCCCUCGGUAAAUACACCAUGGCCUUCAAAUGUUACGAAGAACAGUUGGAUUUAGGGCAUAAGCUAAAAGAUCCGAAUAUUGAGGCACAAGUUUAUGGCAACAUGGGGAUCACAAAAAUGAACAUGAAUAUCAUGGAGGAUGCCAUUGGUUACUUUGAGCAGCAGCUAGCAACACUGCAGCAGUUGAGUGGCAACGAUGCCAUGUUAGACCGAGGCCGGGCUUAUGGCAAUCUCGGGGACUGCUACGAAGCGCUGGGCGAUUAUGAGGAAGCUGUGAAAUACCAUGAACAGUAUUUAGCUGUGGCUCAGAGUUUGAAUCGGAUUCAGGAACAAGCCAAGGCCUAUCGGGGACUCGGAAAUGGGCAUCGGGCAAUGGGGAACCUGCAGCAAGCCCUCGUGUGCUUUGAAAAGAGACUGGUGGUGACUCAUGAGCUCGGAGAGUCGUCGAACAAGGCUCAGGCGUACGGGGAGCUGGGCAGCUUACACAGCCAACUGGGCAACUACGAGCAGGCCAUAUCUUGUCUUGAACGUCAGCUGAACAUCGCCCGCGAGAUGAAGAAGCGGAUCCUGGAGAGUGACGCCGCCUGUGGCCUCGGUGCUGUUUACCAGCUGAUGGGAGAAUACGAAACAGCACUGCAGUACCACCAGCUGGAUUUAGAGAUAGCGGAGGAGACAGACAACCCCACGUACCAGGGCCGUGCCUACGGAAACCUGGGGCUCACCUAUGAAUCACUGGGAAACUUUGAGCGCGCUGUGAUGUACCAGGAACAGCACCUGAGCGUUGCAGCCCAAAUGAAUGACUUGGUGGCCAAAACCAUGGCAUAUAGCAGCCUGGGGAGGACCCAUCACGCCUUACAGAACUACUCGCAGGCAGUCAUGUAUUUACAGGAAGGACUGAGGCUGGCAGAACAAUUGGGUCGCAGAGAAGAUGAAGCUAAGAUCAGACAUCGACUUGGACUCUCUCUGUGGGUCAGCAGCAACCUGGAGGAAUCGCAGCACCAGCUUUACAAAUCAUCUGCUCUGUUUGAAACUAUCCGCCACGAAGCACAGCACAGCACCGACUACAAACUCUCACUAUUUGACCUGCAGACAGGCUCCUAUCAAGCUCUGCAGCGGGUGCUGGUCAGCCUUGGUCGUCACGACGAGGCAUUGGCUGUAGCAGAGCGAGGAAGAACCAGGGCAUUUGCCGACCUCUUGAUAGAACGGCAAACUGGACACCAGGAGUCUGACUCAUUCAGCCCGGUCACAGUUGACCAGAUCCUGGAGAGUGUUAAUAACCAGCGCAGCCUGGUGCUGUAUUACUCGCUGGCAGCAGGGUACCUGUACAGCUGGCUUCUCGCACCAGGAGCAGGAAUUUUAAAGUUUCACGAGUGUUAUUUGGGUGAUAAUAUGACAGAAGGCAGCGGUGAUUUCAGUGAAACCAGCAGCAUGAAUCUGCAGGCCACCAGUUUCUCCACACUGGAGCAGCACGUAGCCAAUGUUCGAUUGGCACUUGGCGUGGAAUCCUACUACACCAGCAGGAUAUGCUCUAACAGUGAGACAGAGAGUGAAGCCGGGGAUCUGCUGGAUCAGCAGUUUGAGGAGAUGAACAACAAGCUGAACUCGGUCACUGAUCCAACGGGAUUCCUCAGGAUGGUCAGUCGGAAUAACCUCUUCAACAGGAGCAGCCAAAGUAUGAGCAGCCUGUUCAGCAACAAUACAUCCAGCUUCCAGGACUCCACCUCAUCUCUGAGCCGCAAUCAGAGCUCGGCCAGCAAGCAGCCGCUCCGUGCCCUCUACGACCUCCUCAUUUCACCCAUGGAAGGGGGUCUGAUGCAUUCCAGUGGCCCCGUUGGCCGACAUCGGCAGCUCGUGUUGGUGUUGGAGGGAGAGCUGUACCUGAUUCCCUUUGCUCUGCUGAAAGGAAGCUCUUCCAAUGAAUACCUGUACGAGAGGUUCAGUAUAAUCGCCGUUCCUUCCAUCAGGUCUCUUCAAGCCAGUCCCAAGUCCCAUCUCCGAAAGAGCCCGUCGGCGAGCAGCUCGUCAACCUCCAUGGCGGCUGUGAUCGGGAAUCCCAAACUCCCGUCAGCAGUGAUGGACCGGUGGCUGUGGGGGCCCAUGCCGUCGGCUGAGGAGGAGGCCUACAUGGUGUCCGAGCUCCUGGGCUGUCAAGCCCUCGUCAGCAGCAGCGCGACCAAGGAGCGAGUGAUGAACAUCCUCACCCAGGCUGAAUGCGUGCAUUUCGCCACCCACAUCUCCUGGAAACUGGCUGCCUUGGUCCUGUCGCCGAACAGCGACGGAAACGGCCUCGGCGGGAAGAGCUCUCUGGGGAACAACUACAGCAUCCCGGAGUCGCUGCGGAUGCAGGAUGACGCCAGCGACGUGGAGAGCAUUGCCGACAGUCCGUCUCUGCAGGAGUUCUUUCUGACGGCCGCGGACAUUCUGGACCUGCGGCUCCCCAUCAAGCUGGUGGUCCUGGGCUCCUACCAGGAGUCGAACAACAAGGUGACGGCGGACGGUAUCGUGGGCCUGACCCGGGCUUUCCUGGCAGCCGGUGCUCACUGCGUCCUGGUCUCCCUCUGGCCGGUGCCCGUGGCCGCCUCCAAGAUGUUCGUGCACACCUUCUACUCCUCGCUCCUCAACGGGAUGAAGUCCAGCGCCGCGCUGGGAGAGGCCAUGAGGAUCGUCCAGAGCAGCAAGCAGUUCGCGCAUCCUUCAAACUGGGCAGGCUUUACGCUGAUUGGAAAUGAUAUUAAAUUGAACAGCCCCUCGUCUCUGAUCGGGCAGGCGCUGUCCGAGAUCCUCCAGCACCCCGACCGGGCUCGAGAUGCCCUGCGAGUCCUCCUCCACUUGGUGGAGAAAUCGUUGCAGCGGAUUCAGAAUGGCCAGCGUAACUCCAUGUACACCUCGCAGCACAGUGUGGAGAACAAGGUGGGUGGCGUUCCCGGCUGGCAGUCCCUCCUCACCGCGGUGGGAUUCCGGCUCGACCCUCCGGCCAGCGGCCUGCCAGCGGCCGUCUUCUUCCCGGUCUCGGACCCCGGAGAUCGACUGCAGCAGUGCAGCACCACGCUCCAGUCGCUACUAGGUUUGCCUCACGCUGCACUCCAGGCUCUCUGCAAACUUAUCACUGCUUCUGAGACGGGAGAGCAACUGAUAAAUCGGGCUGUUAAAAAUAUGGUUGGAAUGCUUCAUCAGGUCCUGGUUCAGCUUCAGUCCGGAGAGAAAGAGCAGGAAUAUUCAUCUGUGCCCAUCCAGGUCUCUAUCAGCGUACAGCUGUGGCGUUUGCCAGGUUGUCACGAGUUCCUGGCAGCACUAGGGUUUGAUCUGUGUGAAGUGGGUCAGGAGGAAGUGGUGCUCAAGACAGGGAAACAGGCAAACCGGAAGAUCAUGCACUUUGCCCUCCAGUCCCUGCUGGCGUUGUUUGACUCCACCGAACUGCCCAAACGGCUGAGCCUGGACAGCUCAUCCUCUCUGGAGUCUCUCUCCUCCUCUCAGUCUGUUUCCAAUCCUCUGGGGCAGCCUCACCCACCAUUCUCCCCCACCUACGGGGACUCCAUGGCCUCAGACGCCAUUUCCGUCUACAGCCUGAGCUCCAUCGCCUCCUCCAUGAGCUUCGCCUCCAAGACGGAGCUGAGCGGCGAGGGUGGGCUCCCGCGAGCCCGGCAGGACUACGAGCGCUGUCGCACAUUCCCACACAAGACCUCCACGUGUCAGAGCAGCAGGGAGGACGAGGAGGACGAGGGCUUCUCCAUCAUCAGCAGUGAGCCCCUCGGACUUCGCCCGGACCCCUUCGGCUCAUCCCUGGCUGCCGACGAGACGGACAGGAGCGACGAGGCGACGAGGCCAGGCAGGGGCGGAGUUGGGGACAGACGGUCGGUCAGCGCUCCCAACUCCCCGGCCAAAAUUACCCUGGUUCCCAGCCCCAACUCACCCUUCCAGAAGGUGGAGGGCAGGAACAAGGUGCUGGGCUCGGACACUGGGGAAUCGGACCAGUCGAGCACGGAGACCGACAGCACCGUCAAGUCCCAGGAGGAGAAGGGGCCCAAGCUGGAUCCCCAGGAGCUGGCUAAGAAGAUCCUGGAAGAGACUCAGAGCCACUUGCUGGCAGUGGAGCGUCUUUACCAGGGGGGCGGCGAGGCUCAGCCAGGCUCCCCCGCUCAGACCCACUGCACCACCUUCAAGUCGUCAGACAGCAGCGCAUUCAGGAGACCACAGCAGCUGCUGCCCGGCCAGAAAGCCCCCUCGCCCGGCAACACCAAGCCAAAGCCCCCCACACGCAGCUGCUCCCUCCAGCAAGUGGGCUCGGGCUGCAGCCCGACCCCUGGGCUCUCCGACACCAGCCAGACCUCGGCAUCGUGCUCCCCGGUGCUGGAUUCUCGCCAGUCCCCGGGUUCCUCGAGCGACCAGCCAGCCAUCAGGCUCAAGUACCCCAGCUCCCCUUACAGCGCCCACAUCUCUCGCUCGCCCAGCUCAGGCCAGCAGUCUCCAGCGGACAGCAACCCUUCUCCUGCCCUCUCCUACUCCUCCGCCGGCUCCGCCCGCUCCAGCCCGGCGGACACUCCAGAUCUGAACCGAUUGAAAUUGACAGCCAUCGACGAGAAGGUCAAAGCCGUUCACAACCUCAAGACCCUGUGGACCAGCCCUGGCCACGGCCCAUUGCGAGGCCUCAAACCCAAACCGCCCCUGGUGCCUUCCAAAGGCGAUGCCCUCAGUUACCUGAACCUUUCACCAGCCAGACGCGACAAGGGGGGGAAAGGGGAUCGCUUUGAGCUGAAGGAGUUCCCCAAACUGCCGGGUUCGGACAAGAGGGUGCAGAACGGACGCGGCGAUUGUAGCAAAGCAGCGGGGGUUCCCGAGACCCGGAGCCCCCCCCAGACUCAGCACCAGCCCCCCCGGCUGCCCUCGGGCAACGGUUACAAGUUCCUGUCUCCCAGAAAGUUUUUCCCCACCUCAAAGUGCUGAGGGUAGCGGCCACACCAACAGCCCCGUGGGAGGGAGAGAGAGAGAGAGAGAGAGAGAGAGCGCGUGGGCUCAGCACGCGGGGCCUGUUCUGCCCACGAGCGCGUCCUCUUUUGUAAACUCUCGGGCCGCCUGAACAACGCUGACCUUUUUUAUACCGUUACACAACAAAACAACAACAAAACCGCACCGUGUGUGUGUGUGUAAAAAAAAAAAC